GAUGACUGGGCUAGUCAAGGCAGAGGAGGCGAGAGAUGGACGUGGAACGCGAAAGACACAGAGACCAUGCCGCUUACACGACGGCCGAUCCGUGCAGAACACAGGAGUAAUAUGCGGUACUCCAUUCACCUCGCGGCUUGCCGUGCUUGUCCUCUUUGCUCCGGAUGGCGUUGGCGUGGCAUCGGCCGUAUUCUGCAUCGUACAUAUAGGGCUUGGACUUGAUGUGAUUUGUUUAGAUGAGGACGAGGAGGAGGAAGAGGAUGGCCGGACCUAUGGGCGAUGA